GUUGAGGUCAGUCACUACGGUACAUUCACGUUAUUCUGUCCGUUGCGAUAAUAAUACAUAAAAAUAAAUACACAAAGGCUUUUAGAAAGAUACUCUCAGCCAUGAAUUCCGAAGAAGCUCAAGCGCUCACUCAACCAACCACCAUUACUAUUACCCCCUCAAACCCCUCCCAUGAAGAACACCAAUACUUAAACCUCAUCCGCACCAUUCUCGCCCAAGGCGAACACCGUCCCGACCGCACGGGAACAGGAACAUAUUCUAUAUUUGCACCGCCACAACUCCGAUUCUCACUAUCAAAAUCUCCCAGCAGCAACGAUGAAGAACAAGAACCAAUCCCGAUCCUCCCCCUCCUCACAACGAAACGCGUCUUCCUACGCGCUGUCAUCGCAGAACUGCUAUGGUUCAUUUCCGGAUGCACCUCGUCCAUCCCCCUGUCUGAGUCUGGUAUUAAAAUCUGGGACGGGAACGGCUCGCGCGACUUCCUCGAUAAGGUGGGCUUGGGGCAUCGCGAGGUCGGUGAUUUGGGCCCCGUCUACGGGUUCCAGUGGAGGCAUUUUGGGGCCGAGUACGUCGAUGCCAAGACGGAUUAUACCGGUAAGGGCGUUGAUCAGUUGCUCGAGGUCGUGCGGAAGUUGAAGGAGAACCCGUUCGAUAGGAGGAUUAUUCUGAGUGCUUGGAAUCCGGCGGAUUUGCGGAAGAUGGCUUUGCCGCCUUGUCAUAUGUUUGCGCAGUUUUAUGUCUCUUAUCCUGCUACUUCUUCUGAGGGUGAGGCUGAGACAAAGAACAAAAAGAAGGGAACUCUGUCUUGUCUUCUGUAUCAAAGGUCUUGUGAUAUGGGUCUAGGCGUUCCCUUUAAUAUCGCUUCAUAUGCGCUUCUCACGCAUAUCUUGGCUCACGCUGCCGAUCUAUAUCCUGGAACCUUGAUUCAUACCAUGGGCGAUGCUCAUGUGUAUCUUGAUCAUGUUGAUGCCUUGAAGGAGCAGCUUACGCGGGAGCCGACCGAGUUCCCUGAGCUUCGGAUAAAGAGGGAUGACCGUGGUAGCGGUGUUGUUGAUGGAUGGAAGGAAGAGGAGUUCGAGGUGAUUGGGUAUAAACCGCAUAAGACGAUCAAGAUGAAGAUGAGCGUCUAGUUGUUCAUUAUUGCCAUGUUAUAUUGUAUUGAUGCUAGAAUAUGUUUAUGAUAGAUAUCCUUGUUCAAAGAGAAAUCGAGA